UCCUCGUUUUAACCUUCCUGUUACUACUUUUUCUGUUGAGUGGCCAUGUCUAUACUCAUAGAGUAAUCUUAUUUGACCAGAUCGACAAGGCACUACCAUGGUGUCCCUAUUCGGACACUCUGUGUAUCACUUCGAUGUCCUCACUGUGUGGUUCUGUCUGCUGGCAGUCUCCCAGGCGGCGUAUGUUAAUGUCGCCCUCAACAAACCAGCAUACCUACAGUACCCUGUACCAAGUGACAGACGUGACGCCAGUAACGCUGUAGACGGAUGUAAAUCAGACCUGAGACGGAAUGGAGGUCAAUGUGCUGGAUCAUAUACGAAACAAACCGCCACCUGGUGGGUGAACCUGACCACCAUCCACAGCAUCCACCACAUCACCAUUUACUUCAGGACGGAGAAUGAUCUACAGAACUUUUAUACUGGUGUAUCAAAUAACUUCCUUGGAUUCUCGGUGUACGUCUCCAACACAACAGACAGACUACAGGGAACACUGUGUUACAAGGACGAUAACUUUACAGCACUCACCAUACCUGCUGUCUUCACCACCACCUGUCCUGUACAUGGACAGUACGUUAUCUACUACAACGAGAGACGACCAGGAGUUACCUACCCUAGAGGGUACUCUACAGAUGUUAACAGUAACCUCUGUGAAGUGGAGGUGUAUGGAUGUCCUGGAGGGUUUUACGGGCCGAACUGUUCUAACGCAUGUCCAGAUACCAAUUGCUACUGUCACUUAGAAACGGGCACCUGUCAGGGCUGCAAGCCUGGGUAUCAAGGUUACCUGUGUAAAUCAGUGUGUGGUCGAGGAUAUUAUGGUGCUGAGUGUCAACAAGAAUGUGGAUACUGCAGUGACCUAAAUCAGUGCUUCCACACGAACGGGUCAUGCUUAACUGGGUGCGAAACUGGUUAUGACGGCGAAACAUGUAACACAUCUUGCCCACACGGAUUCUUUGGACCAGACUGUAUUCACGAAUGUAACGACACGUGUAAUGGUUGUAACAGAUUCAAUGGUUCUUGUGAUACUGGGUGUAACCCCGGAUGGCAGGGAUAUGAGUGUCAGGAUG